UAAGCUGAUGGAUGGUUUGUUGACUUGAUUAAACUAAACAAAAUCACAAUGCCUCCUCGAAUAUCCAUUCUUUCGCGGUUAAGCGCACCUUCUUGUAAGACAUAAACACUGACGACGACAAGCUUGUAUCAUUUUAUCUAAUUGUUAUAACAGUAUGUUUUCGCCCUGCUGCGAGUUCAUCAACACACUCUUUCUCAACCACAUCCGCAGCCAAUGCGGCCACAUUCGCCCAGCGAAGAGCGCACAAAGAUCCCUAUGCAUUAGCACAAUCCAGACAGAGAAAAGAUUCCAAUCUUAAAAGGCAAAGAGUACUUGAGAAGGAACGGGCAGCCUCAUUGGGAGAUCCAGUACGGGGAGUGUCCACACCAUUUCUAGAAUCUCUCGAUACCGUCGGAGGAUCUACAUCCAAACUCGACGCAACCAUGACCCAGGGCUCGGGAGGAGGUGUCCAAUUCAAAAAUACCGACAAUGUUCUCUUGAAUCACUUUUUAACCCCGACAGAGCUCCAAGGCGCCAUCCAACAGUCAUACCACCUUACAGAGCCUCGACUAGCCCAGAAUCGGGAUUUAGCAGACCCUCACGAAGAGGAGCAGGCAAGGAAGAAGCACGAGGAAAAUCAUGCGAAUGCGGUCGCAGCGUUGGCCCGCAUUGUGAGCUUAGAAAACGCAAACUCGAAGGAUAAGACCAGAGCGAACAUUGCGAGGUGUAUAGAUACUUUUGGACGCCACCAGACAGAUGGGGUGCUGAGACCUAGGGCACCCACUCAGGAUGCUAUUGCAGGCGUCGAUAAACCAGAGAAGACACCGAGGGCUGGGCCAGAUACGGGGAGCUCUGAGGUCCAAAUUGCGAUUUUGACUGCAAAGAUUAGAGUCCUUGCGGAUCAAUUGGAAUCGAAGCGCGGAAAGAAGGAUAAGGUUAACAAAAGAAAUUUGCGUUUGUUAGUUCAUAGGAGGCAGAAGUUGCUCAAGUAUCUAAGGAAAAAGGAGCGUGGCAGUGAUAGAUGGGAGAAUCUGAUUACGACCUUGGGCUUAACAGAGGGUACAUGGAAAGGGGAGAUAAGUCUUUAAAUAAUACCAAAAUGUAUAUCACCAUGAUCUAAGUAUGUACUCUAGGAGAUAUAA